CGGGCUCAGCUCAGUGGGGCUCCACGCUCGUGAACCCGAGGAGGUUCAGUUCGCUGAACAACCGCGCGUUAUUCUCGCUGGUUUAAUUAUAAGCCGGUUCUGUGCUAAGCCCGCGAGUUCACGGCUUUUCCGGAGCCGCGCGCGCCUGCCUGAGGUGACCCAGCGCUAAGCGUGRCGUUGCGGGCACGUCUGUGUGUUUAACUGACUGCAGAGCAACAAGGCCGAGAGGCUGGAGCGGCCGGAGAGCUGCGACAACGUGAAGGUGGUGGUGCGGUGCCGGCCGCUCAACGAGCGCGAGAAGGCCACGGGCUACAAGAUGGCAGUCAGCGUGGACGAGAUGAGGGGCACCAUCACCGUGCACAAAACCGACUCGUCCAACGAGCCCCCCAAGACCUUCACGUUCGACACGGUUUUCGGGCCGGAGAGCAAACAGCUGGAUGUCUAUAACCUGACUGCGAGGCCUAUUAUUGACUCGGUGCUGGAGGGAUACAAUGGUACUAUUUUCGCGUAUGGGCAGACUGGAACAGGGAAAACUUUCACCAUGGAAGGCGUCCGAGCAGUUCCUGAGCUUAGAGGAAUUAUUCCCAACUCCUUUGCCCAUAUCUUUGGUCACAUUGCCAAGGCAGAGGGGGAUACAAGGUUUUUGGUCCGUGUGUCUUACCUGGAAAUUUAUAAUGAAGAAGUACGAGAUCUGCUAGGAAAAGACCAGACCCAAAGGCUAGAGGUUAAAGAGAGACCUGAUGUGGGAGUUUAUAUCAAAGACCUGUCAGCCUAUGUCGUAAACAAUGCAGAUGAUAUGGACAGAAUCAUGACUCUGGGCCACAAAAACCGUUCUGUUGGUGCCACGAACAUGAACGAGCACAGCUCCCGCUCGCACGCCAUCUUCACCAUCACCAUCGAGUGCAGCGAGAAGGGCGUUGACGGCAACAUGCACGUUCGCAUGGGCAAGCUGCACCUCGUGGACCUCGCGGGCUCUGAAAGGCAGGCAAAAACUGGAGCCACAGGACAGCGACUGAAAGAAGCUACCAAGAUCAACCUUUCUCUUUCUACUCUGGGAAACGUCAUCUCGGCGCUGGUGGAUGGCAAGAGCACCCAUGUACCCUACCGUAACUCCAAGCUUACACGGCUCCUUCAGGACUCCCUUGGGGGCAACUCCAAAACCAUGAUGUGCGCGAACAUCGGCCCCGCAGACUACAACUACGACGAGACCAUCAGCACCCUCAGGUACGCGAACCGAGCCAAGAACAUCAAAAACAAGGCCAGGAUUAACGAAGAUCCCAAAGAUGCUCUGCUCCGCCAGUUCCAGAAGGAAAUCGAGGAGCUUAAAAAGAAACUGGAAGAAGGGGAAGAGAUUUCUGGCUCUGAGACCAGUGAUUCUGAAGAAGAGGAUGACGAUGACGAUGGGGAGAUUGGAGAGGAUGGAGAAAAGCGGAAGAAACGACGGGGCAGUAGCAGCAGCAGUAGUUCAGACUCCACAUGCUCUGUCAUAGAGAAACCUCUGGAUAAGUCCUUCACUAAUCAAGCAGGCAAAAAGAAAGUUUCCCCUGAUAAGAUGGUAGAGAUGCAAGCAAAGAUUGAAGAGGAGAGAAAAGCUCUUGAAACGAAACUUGAUAUGGAAGAAGAAGAAAGAAAUAAAGCCAGAGCUGAACUGGAGAAGAGAGAAAAAGAUUUACUUAAAGCUCAGCAAGAGCACCAGUCCCUGUUGGAGAAACUGUCUGCACUGGAGAAGAAGGUGAUUGUAGGAGGUGUGGACUUACUGGCAAAAGCAGAGGAACAAGAGAAACUGCUGGAAGAAUCCAAUAUGGAGCUGGAAGAACGAAGGAAGAGAGCAGAGCAGCUUCGCAAGGAGCUUGAGGAGAAGGAGCAAGAACGCUUGGACAUAGAGGAGAAGUACACCAGCCUUCAGGAAGAAGCACAGGGGAAAACUAAAAAGCUGAAGAAAGUUUGGACCAUGCUGAUGGCUGCAAAAUCAGAGAUGGCAGAUUUGCAGCAAGAACAUCAGAGAGAAAUCGAAGGAUUACUGGAAAAUAUUCGUCAGCUGAGCAGGGAACUCCGUCUUCAGAUGCUCAUUAUAGACAACUUCAUUCCUCAGGACUACCAGGAAAUGAUUGAAAACUACGUUCACUGGAAUGAAGACAUUGGGGAAUGGCAGCUGAAAUGUGUUGCAUAUACAGGAAACAACAUGAGGAAACAGACUCCUGUUCUGGAUAAAAAGGAAAAAGAUCCCUUUGAAGUGGACCUUUCCCAUGUUUAUUUAGCUUACACAGAAGAAAGCCUGAGACAGUCUUUGCUCAAGCUGGAGAGACCAAGGACUUCAAAAGGAAGGUCCAGGCCCAAAACUGGUCGAAGAAAACGAUCUGCAAAGCCAGGAGCUGUUAUUGACUCUCUGCUGCAGUAGGGGUGAUGGAUUCAGAAAUGCUGUAAAAAUCAGUGAGUGUGUAGGGCCUGGCCAGAAUAUGGAACCCAACAGAGUAGGCCCAGUGUGACAAARCGGCUAUGAAAUCCAUGCCUUACGGGUAUGGAGCUUUAUUUAAAAAAAGAUUUUUUUUCCUUAGUUGCUCAUAUACUGUAUGUUAUAUUAACAUAAUGUUAAACUGGUAUAUACGGUAAUUGUGAAAUUCUGUGUUAAGCAAUUUUGUGUUGUGCAGGGAAACUGUUGUUGGCAAUCCGUGUUGAAGUGUAUAGARAGCAGGGUUCUAGAUGUGUGUUUAAGUGCUAGACAUGCCAGCCCAAAGUGGUUGGUUAAAAUUUAAAGCUGGUAAAUCUGAUUUACGUUCUGCUUUGCACAUAGAAACUGGCAGCUUUCACUGUUUUUCUCUGUUGCACUGUUCUGUAUUUGAAUGUGGUUACUGAAAGGCUAUGAGUUAACUUGAUUUGAGCAUCAAACCUUUUUAUUUAAAUAUUCCUCGCUGUAGCAAUGAACCUGAUCAUUUUGUGUCUGAAACACACCCCUCUCUCUAUCCCUUCCUCUGCACUCUUACUAUAUGGAGUAAUUGUGUCAGAGUGCUGGGAAGGGACACUGUUCCAUUGCAGCCCAAUGAAUGUGUCAAGUUGUGCUUUUUUUUUCCUUCCCAACUCGUGGGUAAUCUCCUUGCAUCACAGAGAAUGGCCUUUGAGGCAAAGGCAAGAAAAUACUGCUAUUCUUUCUUUUUUUUUUUUUCUUUUAUUUUCUUCUUCCUUUUGUGGCUGUAUUUGCAGCAUUGCUCUGGCUGCUUUUCRUGCUUCUGACUAAACUGGCAAAUUUUAAUUUAUGUGAAUUGUUUUGUUGUAAUUUGGAGAGCAGCGAUUCACUAAAGAGGAUGCUCUGUUGCUAAUGUCUAAAUUGGUCCUGAGGACACUGAGCAAUACAGUUCCAUUUCCCAUCCCUGACACAGAGUACUGGACCAGUGCUCUAUAAACUGCAGAUGAAUUUCACUCUCCCUAUAAAAAGGGCAUGAAUUGCUCCUUUUCCUAGAGCAGCAGUUCCCCUGAAAUAGUUGAUGCUGCACUUGCCCGUGUGCAGACUUUCUCCUCUGUUUCUGGUUAUGCUGUGAGGAAAUAAUUCUGGUCUCUGCUAAUGAUCGUCRUCUUGUGGUGGCUGCUCCUGUUCUUAUUUUGUAUUUAUGCUGCUAAUACACAUAACACUUUAAUAGAUUUACUCCCGUGUCAUGGAGAAAAUGCAUCUCCUCCCCAUUGUGUGUUGUUAUAACUAAUGCUAGAGCAUAUCAGUUGCAAGCAUCCAAAGAGCUCCCAUGGCAGUGUGGUGCUAAUUAGCUUAAUUAGUAGCCUUUUUGUCACCUAGAGAUUUGAAGAUGCUGAUACUGAUGUGAAGGGUCGAGGACAUAGACGUGGCCAAGGUGCCAGCUCCCCACGUGCCCUGAGCUUCAGCCAGGAGCCCCGUUGGCAGCUCCCAGGUAGCGGCAGCUGCCAGGGGCAGUCAGCAUUUCAGGGCUAAAGCUGUUCUUUUGGCAGCACCUUCCUCCCGGGGAUGCCUCCAGUGCCAUCCCAAACAAAUCCUUUCUCUUGCUUUUCAAAAUACAUAUCUUCCAGGGUCGGGAACUAAGAGGAGAACAUCUGCUCCCUGUCUCUUGUGGAGGGGUUUGUCACCUAGACUCAUAGAACAUGCACAUACAAACACUGUCUUUUUUUACAGUGUAGCAUUAAGAGAUAAAUGCUCAAUUUGUGUUUAAUCUAAGCUUACCCUUGAAGAGCUGAUCUUAUUUGAAAUGUGCUUGGAUAAGGUUAAGRUACCAAAUAUUAUGUCUUUGCAAUAAAGCAGACUGAAAAUGACUCAAAUACUGUUUUUGUUGUAGGAGUUUCUUAUGCAGGUUCAUGGCCCAAGCAGAUAAAUGCUUUAUUUGGUCUGUAUCAGUUCUUAAAACUGGGGAUAGGGGAUAGUUAACUGCAUUUCAUUGUGUUAGGUCUUGCUGUGUCAAUAUCCCUUGUUAAAUAAUCUGUUUUUAAGAGGGUUUCUCCUGACUUGUGCUUUGAAAACUGACAAAAAAAAUACAGUAAGUUGUCCUUUUGACCUGACAGAUACUCAGUAACUUAGAUGUCACUGCAAGCCAUCUCACUGCGUUCGGAAUAUUUAAGGAUUCCUAAGGGAUGYGCUGGUCCCUGAUGGAACUCGCACUGCGGCUGGAAACCCAGCGCUGCAGGUAAAACCGGGAGCGUCUCGGGGCAGGAAAAGGCACCUGGGGAAAAGCUGCUGGCAGCUGCUCCGGAGAGCCGGCCUGGGGCUCGCACUGGAGCCACCUCUGAAGGACACCUCGCUCCUGUGGGAAUAUACGGAAUAUCCCCCCUCGGCCGCGCUGAGGACUUCCCGCUUUGGCUGAUCUUUUAACUGUUUGGUUAGAUUUGAUUUGAUUUUGUGUUCUCCCCUGGGAUUUUCUGUUUGUUGGAGAGCCUGACCUGGCGGUUGCUAUAUGAGCCUCUGCCUGGCUUAUCUGUGAAUGUCUGAUGCGCCCAUGACAUGUUUUAGAAGGGAAUGGUUUGGUUUUUAAUGACUUGGCCAAUGCAGCCAUUCUGAUUUCAGCUCAGUAGUUACUCUAUAAUAUUUCUCAGUGUCAUAUUAACUUACAUAUACACACACACAAUAUAUAUAUGUCUAUGUACGCAUGUGGUGUAUACCCACUCUCC